AUGAGCAAGCCAGAAGUCUCUACACCACCCUAUGCUUCCAAAAGCGACUUCCUCGCCAUCGGCCUCUGGGCAACAACUCUCGACAAACCCCUAGAUUGCUCCAUAUGUCGGGAGCCUCUAGCUAUCUCAGAAACCGCGCAAUCGUACGUCCCUGAAAUCGAGGGCGCGGCUCUAUACCGCUUUCCCAUACUCCCCUGCAACAACUUGCACCCCAUACCAAACGCCCGAGCACCCAGUCCCGAUGACGAUCCCAUUCCCGAAUCACCUGUUCGCAUCUCUCCCUGCAACCACAUCUUUGGCUCGACGUGUUUGCACUCCUGGUUCAAAAACAGCACGUCCAAUCGCUGUCCUGAGUGCAACACUACACUAUUCCCUCCGCACAUACAUCUAGCCAUGCGCCGGCCGACACGCGCCAUACGACUCGAAUUUGCGAGCUUCAUCGAAAGAGAUAUGCAGGAUGAAGAGACUGCGCUGAUGAUCAGGCAAACGCUAUCCAGCGAACGGGUUAGUUGGGAGUAUGUUGGCGGUGGGGAAGAGGAAGAGGUGGAUGAAGAUUUGAUGGAGGGUGCGUCUGGGGGCGAAGAGGAUGAGGAUAUAUUGGAGGGUGAGGAUGAAGAGAUGGAGUCGGGAAGUGAGUAUGAGCCUGAGGGCGAAGACGGUGAUGACGAGGAGGAAGAGGAGGAUCAUGAGGACUACAAUUGA